AUGGCUCGUCUAAGCGUCGUCCUCGCCCACGUCCUGUCCAUCACCGGAUCCGCCCUCGGCCGAGCCUCGCCCGCCUCUUCCUCCGCCGAACGGCAACACCUCUCGACGGCCGACUGCGCCCUCGUCGACGCGCCGGCGUCCCUGACCUGGCUCUUGCAGGAUCAACCCUUUGAGCAGGAGGACCCGUCCGCCUUCUUCUACGUCAACCAGGACAUUGACGCCUCCGGUAAGAAACUGGAAAGCCCCCGCCCCCGUGCUUCCCCUCUUCUUCCUUCUCCUCAAACAAAGGAGACAACGAUACUCAGACGUGGCAUAGGAAAUAAAGCCAACAGGGUCGCGCAGCUCGUCACCUUUGGCGGCGUCCAGGGCCAGGAGCCCACCGAGUGCAGGCUCCUCUUCUCCAUGCCCGAGGACUCGGAGAGCUGGGAGCUCAUCCAGCGCGAGGGCGUCACCACCAUGCGCGUCUUCCGCGUCCCGUCCCACGAGGCCGACGACACCGUCCGCCGGAAGCAGAACCUCCUCACCACCCUCCACGUCCGUCCAGGCACCCAGUCUAUCGACCUCGGCCCGUGCGACGGCAGCGGCAGCUUCGUCUUUGAGCUAACCGACCGCGGCCGCAGCCGCGUCGCCUUCCGCCAGGCCUCCAAGCCCAAGGACGGCUUUGGCGUCUUUAUGGCCACCGGGUGCCCGGCCCCCAGGAGACUCGAGUCGGAAGACCUCUGA